AUGGCCAAGAAACCAAAGUCCCGCACGAUCGCCGUGCGCCUCCUCUCGAUGGCCAUGACGGGCUACUACCGCACGAUGGUCCGGCCCCGCGCGUCCCGACCCUUGAGCAUGCUAAAGUACGACCCCGUGGUGAAGAGGCAGGUGUUGUUUCUGGAGCAGAAGAGGGGCGGG